AUGCAGGGAGAGGGGGCCGGAAGGUGGAGGAGGGGGCCCCCGUGCGCCGCCGAGGAGGCGACGCCUGAGGGAGAAGAAGAGGAGGAGAGGCUAGCCGCGAGAUGCAUGGCAAAUAAGAUCACUGCGGUUUACACCUUCGACACCCUAACCAUUCUUCAAGCCAGACACUUGAGCGGCCGCCGGCGGCGGGUGCCGAGGAUGCGCGGCGCCAAAGUGGCUAAACCACCCUCGAGAAAGUUUCGUGGCGUCUAUGAAAGACAGCCCGGCCGGUGGGUGGCCGACUUCCGGAGCCAUCGCCUCAACAUCCGCCGAUGGAUCGGCACCUUCCCUUCCGAGGCGGAGGCCAAAGCGGCCUACGAUGACUUCGUGACGCGCUUCUCCUUAAGCGGCUACGUUCACGUUGCGAUUGUGACGGCGUCGCCGGCAGACUUGAGUCGCAACGGCCACAAGAUCGAUCUUGUAUCAGAUGAAUCGAAUCAGUCGGAGAUGAGAUUGAAGCAAGAUGCGGGGGCGGAGGCGGCGCCGUGCAUGCCUUCUUUGACAUCGCCGGCGUCGCCGCCACUGCCGGCGGCGGUCAUGCCGCAUGAGGCGCUCCCGUACGCGGAUGAGCGGCAGAUGGGCGAGCCAUUCGUGGCGGAGGAUCUCGCCAGCAACGAUCUCAUUGCCGCGGCUGAUCUCGCCAACCUGCCUUUGCCGUCCUUGGAUGACAAACUGGACUUCAGUUCAGGUGAUUGGUCGCUCGCUAGUUCCGGAUUACAGUGA